CGUGGCUAAGGAAGCCAGCUGCUUGAGGAGGUGGGACCAGAGAGAGAGAGAGAGAGAACAAGGCACCGCAGCAGCCUGGCCCGUCACAACUGCGGCAUGGAUCUCCAGAAGGUGCUGUCCUGGAUGAUUCUGUUCCUGCUUUUCCUGUCUCUGUCACUGCUGGGAGGUCACUCCCACCCUCUGAGCAGUCCUAGCCAGUCUCCGGAACAAGUCAAGAUGCAGGCGCUGUUGGAUCUGCUGAGGGAAAGGGCAGAGGAGGUGCCUCAGGGGCCGCUCCUGAAGGACCAAGAUACCACAAAAGCAUCUCUCCAAAGCACCCUUGGGUCUCAAGACAGCACCUUCCAGAUCCUGCAGAGAAUUCGCAACUCCAAGAAGAUGCAUACUUCGAGCUGCUUUGGGCACAGGAUAGACCGGAUCGGCUCUGUCAGUCGUCUGGGUUGCAAUGUGCUGAAGCGGCAUUAGGAGACCUCCCAGCUGCAGGCGACUGCUUCUGACUCCACCUGGGGCUCUUUCCCCCAACUCUGGGACCCCCUUUUGAAGUGAUCCUAUUUAUUUAUUUAUUUUUAUUUAUUUAUUUGGUUGUUUUCUACAAGACUGUUUCUUACCUUUGAGCACAGAAUUUUCACAGUGUAAUAAACACAGCAUAUUUCUUGCUUUGAAAAGGA